AUGUCACAAGCAGCUUUCCCUCCAUCGUCUCCAUUGUAUUAUGAAGAACAUUCAGAUUUCGAGUCUGACAACAUCUUCAUUGCAGAUGACGCGUCUUCCACCAAACCUCAAAACACUUUCAAUAUCAAAUCCAAAUUAUAUAAUAAAUCUGUUCAGUUCGCUAAAGAAGAUGACUUUGAUGGAUACCCUACUCCGAAUCCAAGUAGUUCCAUUGGAGGUUUAGGAAGUAGUUCACCGAUUCAUGAAGAUAACUUACGCGUCGAUAGUUCGGAGGAUGAUGAAGACGACGAGGGUGAGGAAGAACAAAAAGCGCUUGAUCUUCAGCAAGAGAAAGAAUUUCAAAACAAACUCGAAGAAAGCGGUCCAAGAAUGGUUCAGUUCACUCAGCCGUUGGACGCGUCAUACCAUACUAUUGAAGAUGAUGAGUACGUUGACGUCGCAGAUGAAGCCAAAAAGUUAAAGAAGACCCGUAUUUCCUCCAAAAAGAAAAUAAAGAAGAUCAAGAUCCCUUAUGAUGGCCAAGAGGUUACUUUUGGGAGAUCCAAGAUGUGCGAUGUUGUGGUGUCUGAUACGUUAAAUUUGGCGUCACGGAAGCACGCGUCAGUACACUUUGACAGACACGAUAAUGUUCUUGUGUUUGAAUGUUUUGGCGUGAACUCUAUGGAAGUUUACAUCCCAUAUGGGGCCACAGUUAAGCGCCUUGGGGGUGAUGACAGAUACGAGUUAAUUCCAAAAGAUACCGCUCAAUACAGAAAAUUACAAGACAAGCGUUAUGAGGAAUUAGUCGCGCUAGGCUUGACCAAAUUUCCUCGGAGUCUCGUGUACCCUGAUGGAGGUGUGAGAAUUAUGAUUUUGAGUAACGAAGCUUUGAGAGUCCCAAAGAGUAGCGUUGUUAUGGAUAUCAGAGGUGCUUCAUGUAUCAUCGAGGUCGGUGAUGAACACGAUCCUGAUAUGACUGAUGAAGAAGAUAUCCACAAAUUCAAGGCUCUUACUGGUAAUGUGAUAUUAUAUAAAGUUGGCGAUGUUGUUGACUCCAAAGAACCAUCUUUGAACCCAGCUACCCAAAUUGAUAGAGUGGAGAAAAUUAUGGGCUCAAUUCCUCAAUCAGCAGAGAAGAAACCUCCUGUCAAGUUGCAGGCCCAUGAUGUUGUUUCUGCAAGAUCAGAAAACGAUCAAAAGAAUAUGAGCACCUCAAGCGAUAUGAAGGUGCCAGAAUCAUCACUAGUCCUUAAAUCAUCAGAAGACUCUUUGCCUAAGAAGCCUAUUUUGAACGAUGGCAUUCAAUCGAAGAAGCCAAAGCUGGGAAUAUUCAACAAUAACUCAUCUAAUCAGUUAGCGUCACCUUUAAAAUUCUCAUCACACUCAAAAUUGAAUUCAUCGCGCUCAACAGUAUCUUUGGAUAAGAUCAAACAAAUGAUGAAGGUCAACGAAGAGGAGGAUAAACAUGAACAAAAAUACGAGAGAAUACAGGAAGAGAAGUUAAUAGAGAAUAAAGACAAGGAGAACGAUAACAAAUUACAACUGAAGAAAAGACCUCGUCCUCAUAAUCCACACAAGCAAAAGGAUAGUGAGGAGAAGGAUACAAAGAAACAAAAAAUUCAUUACGAUUAUCAAGAUCCAAAAACCCUUAUCGAUGCUGUGAAUAGUGAUGAAGCUAAGAAGCAGCAACUUUUAGCUGAAGUUUCUGAUUUGAAAGAUAUUAAGAAAGUGCUUAUCAAUCAUUUGGCAUUUUCUAGAAUUGCAUCUACUCCUUUGACUCAAUUGAGAGGUAUUAGUAAAAAAGUGGAAUUUUUAGGGAAAAAAACUGUCAGACUUGUGUUAUCUGACGUGAAAUGCGUCGGGGUUAUUUAUAGAAAGGGUAAGGAUGCUGCAGGUAAGCCAUUAGAUGAAGAGUACUACUAUGACAUUGAGAAAGAUGAUGAUGAUGACAGGGUACAAUUGGUCAAUUCCUUAAAAGGUGGAAGUAGUUUGCGUAGUUGUAGAAAGACUCACAAACAGUACUACUGGAAAAGACCACCGCCAUUACCAAGGUAUUAA